AUGCCGGACGUCGUGCCCCCCUCCGCCGCCAUCGGCUCCUCCUCGCCGCAGGCUCUGACAAGAGCAUGCCCAAUGCCGAUGGAGAUGGCACUUCCGACGACUCCGUUGUUGGUGGAGGUGGCACUUCCGAUGAAGAUGGCGUUUGCGAUUGUGGUAAACAUCAAGACAGAUGUGGAGACCCAAGGAGAUUUCAUCAGUUUCUUGAUCAAAGAAGUUCAAAAUGCUGCUUUCACUGACAUUGAAGAUGUAGUCCCUUUUGUUAAAUGGCUUGACGAUGAGCUCUCACAUCUGGUUGAUGAGAGAGCUGUGUUGAAGCACUUCAACUGGCCGGAGCAGAAGGCUGAUGCACUGAGAGAAGCUGCUUUUGGCUACUCUGAUCUGAAGAAGCUGGAGUCUGAAGUUUUGUCGUUUCGCGAUGAUUCUAGACUGCAUUGUGCUCCCGCUCUCAAGAAAAUGCAGUCCCUCUUCGACAAAUUGGAGCACAGUGUUUACAAUUUGUCGAGGUUGAGAGAAGUCGCUACUAAUCGCUACAAACUUCACCAUAUUCCGAUGGAUUGGAUGCUUGAAACUGGCUUUGUGAGUCAGAUAAAGCUGGCAUCAGUGAAAUUGGCAAUGAAGUACAUGAAGAGAGUAACGGCAGAGCUGGGAAUGGUGACCGGUGGUCCUGAAGAAGAGGAUCUCAUAGUCCAAGGCGUCAAGUUCGCCUUUCGAGUUCAUCAGUUUGCUGGGGGUUUCGAUGCGGAGACCAUGAAGGCGUUUCAAGAACUGAGGGACAAGUUUCAGUUGUGCCAAAAUCAACACCAACGGAAAUUUAUUUGCUGAUUCUGUAGCAAACUCAGCUUCAGAAAAUGGCUUAUUUUUUGUUGUUGUAUAGAGUUCAAAUAUGGGACAUAUGCAGAUUUGUUGUUAACUUACGGUCCAAAUAUAUUUUUUUAUUUGGAAAUAAAUGAAAAUUUCACAAUGACCUUUGCAACAUAUCUUA